ACACACACACACAAUUACAACAUUUCUGCAGGACUAGUAUUGGUGCCAGAGAUUAUUUUCAGAAACAUGACAGAAGAUCCGGCAUUUGUCUGGACUUGUCAUACCAACUAUGGAAUUCAGGUUUAUUUUCCCACAGUUGGAAACUUGAGCAAUAAAAGCUCAAAGAAACCUGCCGUUUAACAGACUAGUAAGCCUAACAUCUUGGAAAAAUCCAAGCAAAGUAGCUGCCUUCAUUCUUUGGCGGUGAGGAAUUCUAUUUUUGUAACCGUCUUUAGCCCAGCCUCUUUAGUUUCUCCUUCAUCUCUGCUUUCAAGUGUUCAUGGUUGAGACAGAUCAACCUGGUUUAAAUGCUGCUCUACUUUCUCAUGGAAAGCUCAGACGUACAGAACUUCAGGAUUUUCUCCACGUGAACUCGUACUGCAUCUGCAAGUCCAGCGGUGUGUGACAGUGUGUACAUUUUAUGGGGAAGAAAGAAAUGAGUGAGUAUUAAUCGAAUUACAUACCACAUCCUGGUGAGCUUUCGACAGAACAAAUAAAGUAAUAUGAGACGCUGUAGUUACAUAAUAUUCGCUUUUAGAGGUGGCGAGAAUCCCUCGGGGUGUGUAUGUAUGCCAAGACCUUCAGCAAAAUCAUGAAGUGCCCAUUUGAUGUAGUAUUUGAUUUAAAGACUUCUUAUCAUACGGCCAUUGCUGUUAGUUUCACUGGCAACAUAAUAGCGUCAUAGUGACGUUUUUUCCUGUACUGCCUGUAAUUAGAAAUAAUACAGUAAUUACUGCAAUGUUCUAGUUUAUUAUAAACUAGGACAACCACGUUAGCACGCCCAGAGUAAUUUACACAAGUCCGUUACAACUGAGAGGAAUAGUUCAGACACACAUGCUACAGUAAUUUUGCUAACAUGGAACAAUUUAUUGUACUUAUCUGAUUCAGUGAAUCAUAUUAAUGGGUAAUUGUAGCAAUUUCUGAUGCUGGUUUACUUUUUCAUUAUUGUUAUACGGUCUAUUGUGUAUGUGUAUUAUAUUAUACUACAAACAUUAAUGUUGCUAACAUGGAACAGUCUUUUGCAGUCACUAUUAGCAACAUUACUGAGCAGUUUAUACUCUCUAUUGCCAUUAUAAAAUUUUUGGUAUUUAUAUUCACCUCACUUCAAAACACCAGAGAAGAAGAACAAAAAUAGUAAUUUUGCUAAACAGGAAGCAAACUCAUGUAGCUACUUAUUGACAUUAGCCUUAUUCAUUUAUUUAUUUAUUUAUUUAUUUAUUUAUUUAUUUAUUUAUAAAAAACUGUUUAACAGUUCCUUAAACGCUUUAAGAGUUAGCUCAAGGCUGAACAUAUUAAUUGGUUAACACUUAGUUAAGACUGUAGGUGUUAAUUGAAGACUUUAGGAGCUAUUACAGCAUUGUAAGAGCGAAUUCGACACUUCAGGAGCUAAUUGAACACUGGCAGAUUUGACUGCUGUUCAGUAUAACAAAAGUCCUGUUGAGUAUUAAUUUUAGUAUUAAUAGAGUUGUUUAAGUCUUUUUCAGUUAACACUGGCACGUCAUGGUCAGCAUCAAUCCCCCACGUUCUGCGUAUGUUUCUGAUGCUCUGUAUUCAUUCGCUUCCAGAUAAACAUGGCCGCAUUUGUGGUAGGCGCUGCCUGGGUCCCAUGAAAUUCCUUUCCAGAGCGGAUGGAAACGCGGAGUUUCUCGCCUCACGGGACACCUCGUCCCGGCCGGACAGCCUCGUUUUCCUGUGCCGUCCAGUAAAAGUGAACGAGAAGAUCAGGAUACAGAUGAAAAGUGUCAUGGGACGCUCGUCACAGGACGGUCACAGAGCUAUCAGGAUUGGCUUUACAAAUGACUCGCCGCUCAGUGCUAGACGGGGCCUGAGGGACAGCCCACGAUCCUGUGCGGUACCUCUUCCUGAGGACUUGUGCCCGCCGGGUGCAGAAAUUGAGUUCUGGAUGAACUAUGCGUUUUUUGUGAUUAUCCAGGCAAGCGAUCGGAGGAAAUAUUAUAUGAAAGCAGAAGGACUAAAUCUCCACGAGCCGCUGUUUGUUUUCUUGGAUUUUUCUGGAAGCACGAGCACAGUGCAUCUUUUGGGUUCCAGGAAGGGGGGUCGCAGAUCCUGCUCUGCUCUUCCAUCAGGAACAAAAGCGCAAGCACUUGAAGAGAACCUUCUUAACCUCAGUCUCAUUGCUGAUGAUAACACAAAUUCAGACCCAGCAGUUUUCAGAGAAGCAUCACCAUGGCAAGCACAUCACCCACCAACACAUACUCAUCCACCGGAAUCUACUCAAAGAUCAGAUCCGACCACACACAGCAAGACUGCAGUCAAAAGAAGUUUAAAGAGAAGGCUUCAGUCCUCAGUGGAGACGGACGUGACGUCUUUGCUGAGAGCAUUUCAACAGCAGCAUCUCAGCUCUAAUGAGGUGCAUGUGACCAUCUGGAGGAAAAGUCUUCUGAAGAGUGCACUUGGUGCUCUAUGUAACAGGAACUUCUCCUGGACUAAAAAACCUCAUAUCGAGUUUGCUGGCGAGGAGGCUUUCGAUAAUGGUGGCCCCAGAAGGGAGUUUUUUAGACUCCUGAUGCUCGAGGUGCAAAGCAGUCUGGGAAUUUUCGAAGGAAACCCAAAACACUUGUUCUUCACUUAUGACCAGACGGCUUUGCAGCAACGUAAAUACGAGCAAGCCGGGAAGCUGGUAGCUUGGUCUGUAGUUCACGGAGGACCAGGACUCAAAGCUCUAGACGCUCAUCUUUACCAGCUCAUGUGUGGUGUAGAGAUGGAACUCUCAGACUUUGACUGGCACCUCAUACCAGAUGCCGACGUCCAAAGAAAAGCACGAAAAGUCUUAUCUUGCAAGACAGCCAAACACCUUUGUGCUCUUCAAAGAGAAUUAGGUGACUGGAUCUGUGAUUGUGGAUUUCCAGGCAUUUACGGACCAAACAUUGGCAUCCAAGACGUUCCUAAGAUUUACUCCCACGUUGUGAGGCACUACAUUUAUCUCAGGGUGUUGAAUAUGAUCAACCAGUUCACCGAAGGCUUGAACUCAUGCGGAAAUCUGUGGGACAUAGUGAAGAUCAACUGGAUUGAUUUCCUGCCUAUUUUUACCAAAACGAACGAACGGCUAUCACGAGCAUCAUUCAGGGCCCUGUUUGAAAUCAGCUGGAGUGCGGAAGGUUCCAAGAGGAGAGAGGACGAAGAGGAAACCAUCUACUACUGGGAGCUGGUGCUUAAGAUGAUAGAGGAUAAAGAAACAGAGCUGCAUUUCGAAGAGCUGCUCGUUUUUAUCACGGCGACAGACGAGGUUCCAGUGUUGGGAUUCCCUGAAAAACUCAGCAUCCACUUUUACCAGCCUGAGAAGAGAGGCUUUCGUCUACCGUACACGUCCACUUGCAUGAUGGGACUCUUCCUUCCACGAGGGGUCAAGAGUCAUGCAGAGCUCAAUACGAUGCUGCUGAGAGCAGUGAGAGACUCGAAUGGAUUUGGAAAGUCAUAAGACAGUAGUUAAAGGGAAAACACCGUUAUAUCUAUGGUAUUGAAAGUAGAAAUGGCUCGGUCUUGUGCAGUGUUGUUGCAUAAAGGAGGAACUGAAAAUCUGUACUGAAGAAUAUGACUGUAUCAUUUUUAAGCUGGUGGUCAAUGCAAAAAUGUCAUAUGUUUUUAUGCCUACCUGUAUAAAUAUGUGUCUGUGUAGCUCUGACGUUGUGCUGUGAAAAUAAAAAUAUAGGUAUUUAUGACUAA